UCCCAUGUCCAUAGAGAUCGACUCACCAAACUCGCGACACGCGAAGAUGAGGUUAGGGAAAAACUUCACCAAGCACUGUCCUUAUACUUCACUGAUAAUACAUCAGAAGAACUUACAGAUACCACAAUCUGGGAGGCUCACAAAAGUGAACUCAGGGGCCAUGUCAUACGAAUCGCAACACGGAAGAAACGCGAGGCCCGGCAUAACAU